AUGGAGAACGGUACGAACACCCAAGGUGAGGGUAAGGACCCGUCUGGGUUUCUAUCAGACAUCAUCGGCAAUCCAGUCACCGUCAAACUGAAUUCUGGCGUUGUAUACAAAGGCGAGCUGCAAUCUGUUGACGGAUACAUGAACAUUGCGCUGGAAAAGACUGAGGAGUAUGUGAACGGCGUAAAGCGAAGGACAUACGGAGAUGCUUUUGUCAGAGGCAAUAAUGUUAUGUAUAUCUCAGCCGACUCAUGA